AUGCUUCCAAAGUUGUUCUUCGUCAUUUCUACACUAAUUUCCUCCUUCAUUUUCACUACUCAUUCUUAUAAUACCCAAUGUCUUCACCAUCAGAAAAUCUUGUUGCUUCAACUCAAGGAUGAGUUGAGCUUCAAUUCUUCUCGUUCAACAAAAUUGGUGCGAUGGAAUCAAAGUGAUGAGUGCUGCAAGUGGCCCGGUGUGGACUGUGAUGCUGCUGGCUACGUCGUUAGUUUGCAGCUCGAUCGUGAGUUCAUUUCUGGUGGAAUCGCGGAUUCAUCGAGUCUCUUCAGACUUGUGCAUCUGCAGAAGCUAAAUCUAGCCCACAAUUAUUUCAACAACACUCCCAUCCCGAAAGGUAUUCACAAUCUCACCUAUUUGACACACUUGAAUUUAUCCUAUGCUGAUUUUGGAGGGCAGGUUCCCGCUGAAAUUUCUUCCUUGAGGAGGUUGGUUAGUCUCUAUAUCUCCUCUGAUUAUCCAAUAUCUGUGAAACUGGAGAUGCUUGUCCAAAAUCUAACAGGGCUUCGAGAGCUUUAUCUUGAUGAUGUGAAUGUUACUUCCUCUCAUGAGAGGAGAAAAUGGAGCCACAUUAUAGCAUCAUAUUUACCCAACCUCACCGCGUUGAGAAUGAGUUUUUGUGGUUUGUCUGGCCCUUUAACUAAGUCCUUUGGGCAACUCCAUUCCCUUUCCAUCCUUCGACUAGAUUUUAACGAUCUUGGAACAGAGCUUCCAGACUUGUUCGCCAAUUUUCCAAGUUUGACCACCUUGAGUCUUCGUUUCUGCAGUUUGAAGGGUUCGAUUCCACCCACCUUUGCUAACCUAACCAACCUGAUUCGUCUUGAUUUGUCAAAUAACUUCUUCACAGGCUCACUUUCGUUCUCUGGCAAUAUUCCCCACUCUCUCUUUGCUCUCCCUUCAUUGUUGGAACUUGAUCUUAGCAGCAAUCAGUUUAAUGGCACUUUUCAACUGGACAAGUUUCAAAGUCUUGCCAAUCUAACCCGACUUGAUCUAUCUAACAAUAGAUUGUCGGUAGAUGUUGGCAACCUCAAUUCAACUUCAUAUGGAAGUCUCCAACUAAAAGUGUUAAGACUAGCUUCAUGUAAUUUGUCCCAUUUUCCUAAUUUCAUCAAACAUUUGGAUAUGGAAAUAGUGGACCUCUCAUACAAUCGGAUUGGUGGGGAGAUACCUAGUUGGAUUUGGGGAACACAACUUGGGGAUUUGGACCUCUCUUUUAAUCUUCUAACAGAUCUGCAAAAGCCUUACCAUAUCCCUGCUUCUCUUCGAGUCCUAUACUUGCAGUCUAACCAGCUCAAGGGUGAGUUGCACCUGCCCAUUCCAUCUGCGUCUCAACUCUCGUAUUUGUCUCUUGCUAAUAACAGUUUAAGUGGAUCGAUUCCAACCUCCCUUUGCAGUGCCACGAGCCUCUAUGUUCUUGAUUUGUCUGGCAAUAGAUUAAGUGGCAGCAUACCCCCUUGCUUACUUGAAAACAUUUCAGAGUUAGAUCUAAGCCAAAACAACAUCAGCGGUAGCAUUCCAGAUAAUUUUCCAAUGGAUCGUUGUUGGCUAGAAUAUUUGGAUCUUAACAAUAAUACUUUAGAAGGGAAAAUCCCAAAGUCCCUUGAAAGAUGCGAGCAGUUGCGGUUCAUGAAUGUUGGGAACAACAACAUCACUGACAGUUUCCCAUGCAUGCUAUCAUCGAUGUUGCGAGUUCUUGUUUUGCACUCGAACAGAUUCUAUGGAGAAGUAAGAUGUCACAACAUGAGUUGGGAAGAUCUCCAAAUUCUAGAUAUAUCUUCCAAUCAGUUCAGUGGAAAUCUGGAAUCGAUAAACUUUUCUAGUUGGAAGACAAUGAUGAUACAGAAUGAUUCACCUUACUCACAAUUUUGGAGUUCAUUUAGCAUCACAUUAAUCAUGAAAGGGAGAUAUUCAGAGUAUCACAGGAUUUGGCCAGAGUUUGGUAUCAUUGAUUUCUCUUGCAAUAAUUUCGGCGGAGAGAUACCAAAUGCAAUUGGUGAUCUUACCUCACUUCAUCAGCUCAACCUCUCCCACAAUGCCCUCAAUGGAAGCAUCCCAAACUCAUUUGGUCAGUUGAGGAAACUCGAAUCACUCGACCUCUCUGUAAAUCGACUCAUCGGGCCAAUACCAGUGGAGCUUGCAGGGCUCACAUUCCUUUCAUUCUUGAAUGUGUCCUACAAUAAGCUGGUUGGAGAGAUCCCAAAUGGGCGUCAGUUACAAACAUUUUCAGCUGAUUCCUUCAAAGGGAAUGCGGGGUUGUGUGGUUUCAAUCUCAACAUAAGCUGCAGUGAUAGUGAUGACAGUGAUCAUUUGGCGCCAGAAGAAGAUGAAAACGGGGAAGAGAAGAGUGAGAUCGAGUGGGAGUAUGUAUCUUCUGCGCUUGGUUAUGUUGUGGGAUUAGGAAGCAUUGCGUGGACGCUUUUAUGCCGCAGGAGCUUCAGAGAAAGAUAUUUCGAGAAAAUAGAAGAGAUUGUUGACAAGAUUUUCUACGAGAGAGCCAGGAGAAGAAGACAUGAAAGAAGAAGAAAAAGAGUAGAGAUGAGAAAAGAGAUUAGGAGACAGCAGAGAAGUUGA